AUGCUCUCUCUAGCCCGAAAGCAGUACGGGGCGUCUCUCUAUAAGUACACAAGAUGCUGUAACUAUCUAUCUUCCCGGCCAGCCACCACCAUGCGCUACCUCAUGCCCCUCCUCCUUCUCCUCAUCACCCUAACCUUCACCGCCUCUCUCCCGCACACCAAGCGCCAAUCCUGCUCGUCACCCAUCCAACGCCGCGCCUGGCACACCCUCAGCACACGCGAGCGCCUAAGCUACCUCGACGCCGAACGCUGCCUCAUGUCGCGACCCGCACAGACUGGCGCCGAGGGCGCAGUAAGCAGAUACGACGACCUCCUCGGCGCCCACCAGCACCAGGCGGGGUGGAUCCACAACACGGCAUGGUUCCUGCCGUGGCACCGCCUGUACAUGCGCGCGCAUGAGCGCCUGCUGCGGGAGGAGUGUGGCUACGACGGGGCGCAACCGUAUUGGGACGAACCGCGGGACGCAGGGCGGUUCUCGGGCGCGGACAUUUUUGACGCGCGGGAAGGCUUCGGCGGCGGCGGGGAGGGCGAGGAGCAGUGUAUCCGCGAUGGCCCGUUUACGGACUACAGGCUGCACCAGGGCCCCGGCUACGCGUACGAGGAGCACUGCAUCAGCCGCGCGAUCGACGACAAUGUCAGCAGCUAUAUCGGGCAGGACGCGAUCGACGAGUGUCUGUCGCAGCCGGACUUCCAGCGUGCGUGGCCGUGCAUAGAGACGAAUCCGCAUACGGCGGGGCAUCGUGGAGUGGGUGGUGUGAUGGAUAAUGCGGUGUCGAGCCCGGGGGAUCCAUUGUUUUAUUUGCACCACACGUUCCUGGACCGGGUGUGGUGGCAGUGGCAGGAGAGGGAUUUACAGCGUAGGUUGGGGAGGUGA